UUUAACUUUUAUUUAAUUUCUAGAAAAUGUAUUAUUAAUUGAUUUUUAUUCCCGAACGAAAAUCGGGGCGUUGCCUCCCGGCGAGCUCCUCCCCCGCUCCCGGUCGGCUGCGACCUCCCGGCGAGCUCCUCCCUCGUGCCCGCCCGGCCACGACCUCCCGGCUGCAACGCCAUCUUCUCCACGAGACCAUGGAGCCCCGUUGCUCACGUCGCCCAUCGGGGACGAAGAUGGCCAUGGAGCCCGUCGGUCCCGCCGCCCAGUGGCUCCUGCCGCUCCGCCGGGCUCCCGCGGUCUCGCCGCCUAGCGGCUCCUGCCGCCCCCGCCGCCCCGCCGCUCCCAUCGCUCCGCCAGGCUCCCGCGGUCUCGCCGCCCCGUCGCUCCUGCCGCUCCCGCCGAGCUCCCGCCGUCCCGUCGCUCGCGCCAUCUGGUCGGAUGGGAGGUGGUUCAUUCGUUCAUGGACGUCUUCCAUGUCACCGACCGCCUCGGUUGCAAGCUCACCAACGACAGCGUCAUCACCUACAUCGAGCAGUCUCUGGGGAUGUGGAACGGGCCAACGCGGCCGAUGGCGCUCGAGGGGUUGACGGCGCUGGAGCUGACAGGGGCCGACCGGACGGGGCUCAUCUCGGAGGUGUUCGUCGUGCUCGCCGACAUGGACUGUGGCGUUGUGGAGGGCCGCACGUGGACGCACCGCGUCCACCUCGGCUGCCUCAUCUUCCUCCGCGACGAGGAAACCGACACCGAGAGGAUGGCAUGAAUCGAGGCCGCCUCGGACACCUCCUCCGCGGCGACUCCAGCAGCGCCGGUGGCGGCGCUGUGGCCGCUGUCCCCACCCCCGCCGUCACGCACGCCGAGCGCCGCCUCCACGUUGGACAAAACCACCUCCGAAACCACCGAGGGAGAUGAUUUGCUCUGGUUUUUAGAGAAGAAGGAGGUGUUAUACCCGGUUUGUUAUACCCGGUUUUCCGAUUGAGGGAUGUUAUUCACACAAGCGCAGGAGAUGAGGGAGGUAAAAUGGACCUAUUCCUUAGAACUACCCACCAUCACCGCCAAUUCCACCGUGCGGCCGUGCCUGAUCCACCAAUCUUCGCUGCCUGACACGCCCAUCGACGGCCCAGGCUGUCUGUCCGUCACUUCACAUUCGGCCCAGUUUCUGUCACUCCCGUUCGGCUAAGCCCAUGCAAAAUGGCCCGGCGUUACAGGGGCCUAGUACGUGCUGAUGACCAAGUAAUUUGAGCCAGGGGUUUGCAGUAUUGAUGAACUCAAAAAAGGGCCUUAAAUUCCAUUACUCUAUCCAUUCAAAAUGGUAUAACAAAGCACAAGAGGAUUAAGGUGCAAUAGGGUAGGAUGUCUUUGUGGUGUCUCUAUACGGGUGAGUAUACGCAUGUGUA